UAUCCAAUGGACAUUGUACUUUGGGGAGAUUUAUGUGAUAGUUUCAAUCAAUAAUUUUACGCUCAAACACUUUAAGAUCGUUUCAUCAUUUAACCCACUCAGUUGUCUAAACUAAUUUCCGCCUCUACACAAGAGGUCAAUAGAAGGUAUUUAAUUUAAGUUUGGCCAAUUUUAAAGAAACACACUGGUAUAAUAUACUCUUUCCUUAUUGUAAGAAGAGACUUCACUGGACCCACAUUAAAGACAAGACAUUGUUUUACAUAAAGCUGGACACAAAUCAGGUUAUAAUGGCAACGCCCUCAGAGAAUCCACCUCUUCAAGAAGGCAUUGAAUUAGUUAAAAGAAAGUCCGUUGUUCCUGGUGAACCAGAAGCUACAAAUCCAAAUGUCGCUGCAGAUACUCCAAAGGCCGCUGCAGAUACUCCAAAGGCCGCUGCAGAUACUCCAAAGGCCGCUGCAGAUACUCCAAAGGCCGCUGCAGGUACUCCAAAGGCCGCUGCAGGUACUCCAAAGGCCGCUGCAGGUACUCCAAAGGCCGCUGCAGGUACUCCAAAGGCCGCUGCAGAUACUCCAAAGGCCGCUGCAGAUACUCCAAAGGCCGCUGCAGGUACUCCAAAGGCCGCUUCAGGUACUCCAAAGGCCGCUUCAGGUACUCCAAAGGCCGCUGCAUGUACUCCAAAGGCCGCUGCAUGUACUCCAAAGGCCGCUGCAGAUACUCCAAAGGCCGCUGCAGAUACUCCAAAGGCCGCUGCAGAUACUCCAAAGGCCGCUGCAGAUACUCCAAAGGCCGCUGCAGAUACUCCAAAGGCCGCUGCAGAUACUCAAAAUGCCGCUGCAGAUACUCAAAAUGCCGCUGCAGAUACUCCAAAUGCCGCUGCAGAUACUCCAAAUGCCGCUGCAGAUACUCAACAGCCGGCUGAGACAAACCCUGAAUCCCCUGUGGAUUCUCCUAUCGACUUUGAUGCUGACUACCCAAACGCGUCUCCAUUCUUUGGGCGUGAAGACCAAUUCGUCGAUUCAGAACAAAGAUUAAUUUCAGAAAAUGACCCAGAGUUGCCUCGCUAUAGCCGUUAUCCACCAUAUCCAGUUGGGCGCUCCUAUUUGCCGCUGGGUUUGGAUGAUGAGGACGCACCUGGACCGUAUUCUCCGCCCAGCGAGGAAAGAAGUAUGUACAACCUAAAUCCCGGUAAUCCUAAUGUAGCAUUAAAGAAAGACGUGCGCACAUCGACGUAUUGUAACCUCAUCGGACUGAGCUUAGUUUUCAUCGGUCUCAUGGCCUCUUUGUUUGGUUGGUUCAACCAACUAGAUGGUAAACAAGACACUUCAAUAGCUCUAGCGGACACUGUUUACAGACAAAUGUGCGGUGCCAUUAUGGCUCCAAAUUUUAACAUUUCCUACCAUGAAAAGUGUUUUUGUUUCUAUAGCAAACCGAUGUCAUGGGAAAACGCCAGAGCAUUUUGCCGCAGUCAAGGCAGGGACAACUUCCUGGCGGAAAUACAAACAACAGAGGCCAACAUUUUUCUGAACGCCAUACUGCAGGCCUCAAAUCCAGGCUACGGAGUCUGGUUAGGUGGUUUACGACAGGGCAAGGGUUCGUGGACCUGGAACAGAACUGGCUUACGAUUCUCAAAAUUUCAACCCCAACCCUCCCCAUGGUCCCAGCACAGCGUUAAGGCCCCUUCUACCGAGGCAGACGAUGAUGUAAGGGAAUGUUUGGAAGUGACCAAGAAGUUUGAUUUUAAUUAUGCCUGGAAGAACACAGAUUGUGAGGCUCGGAGAAUGUUUUUAUGUUCACACACCCGUUACCUUCCUACCUGUAAAUGUAAAGGUUUGUAACACGUUUGACAGUAUCUUAAUCUGCACCUGUGUGUAUAUAGUGUAUAUAUAUAUAUAUAUUGAUCUUUUACAUUCUAUACUUUUAUCCACAUAAAUUCAUUUUAUGCUUAUAGCAAGAUUUUUUUUUCAAAAUAGUGUUUAAGGUAACAUUUCAAGAUUUAUGUACUAUAUAUAUAUAAAAUAUUUAGACGCUAUUGAUUUUAAGAAUACACUUGAUUUUAGGAAUGUAUACCAAACUGUACUUGUUUUAAAAAUUAAUAAAAUUUCACGAAAGCUU